AGCACUGUCUGCAAAUUAAAUUGACAGUUGACACGUCAAAAUGAGAAUAUCUGCAUUGCCAUUUUAAAAACUACAAAUACAAUGGUUUAAUACUAUAUUGACGAGCAUGAUAAAUUUAGUCCAUUUCAGGUCGGCCAUUAACCCAGGUACAGCGACAUCGCAACGUUGACGGUUUUUCUGAAAACGAGAACCGUGUGGCGCGUCGUCACGCGCCUCACACGCUCGCUGCCAUGUCGUCAGAUGAUCCCACGCCGAAAAAGAAACACGUUCGGUUCGCCAAGAUGGAAGAGGAAAAUGACAACGGCGAGCAGGUAGAGGACACGAUUUUCAACAAGCGGAAAGACGCUUGGAAAGGACUGAAAAGCGCUCUGAAGGGGGGUAAAGGGGCACCGAGCCUCGGCUCCGUAAAGGUUGAUAUAGUUCGUCCCGGACGGGGCCACAGCGACACCGGGGCAUGUUGGCGAUGGCUGGUCAGCCUUGCUCUCUACGCGUCGUUUCUCGGGCUGGGAAUGGCCAUCUCUGUAUUGGGCCCUACCUUUGAAGACCUGGCUAUCAAUGUCAAUAAGAACAUCAGUAAUUUGUCCUACAUCUUUGUGGGUCGUUCUGCGGGAUAUAUUGGUGGUUCUCUGUUAGGAGGGAUCCUAUUUGACUAUGUAAAUCACCAUCUGUUGCUGGGCUUUUCCUUGAUGAUCACCGCAUUUGGAAUGUCUGGCACUCCCUUCUGUAAAAAGGCUUGGCUACUCACAGCUUUGAUGUCCAGUGUGGGGGUGUCAAUGGGAGUUUUAGAUACAGGUGGUAAUGUUCUCAUACUGAACACAUGGGGAGAACAGGCUGGCCCUCACAUGCAGGCUCUGCACUUCAGCUUUGCUGCUGGAGCAUUUGCCUCCCCGAUAAUAGCCAAGCUGCUGUUUGGCCACAGUCCAGACAAUGCCUCCAUGUACACAUCUCUGAUGUCUGGCCACGCCUCCAAGACGAUUAGUGCCAUCUUGCCAUUCUCCCAUUCUAAGAGCAACGUUAUAUCGUCCAUGUGGGCCUACAUUGUGAUUGGUGCUUUUAUUUUAUUGGUGUCCAUCCUCUUUUUCAUCCUGUACUCCCAGAGUUCCCCUACUUCAAAAAGGGCUAAAACCCCCUCAGGAAAGCUGCUGUUCUCCAAACACCACAACACUCUCAUAUUCCUGCUGUCCAUGUUUUUUUUCUUCUAUGUUGGAAAUGAGGUAGCAUAUGGCUCCUUUAUAUUCACCUAUGCGAAGGACUAUGCUGGUAUGGAUGAAGCUCAGGCAGCAGGGCUGAACUCGCUUUUCUGGGGAACGUUCGCAGCUGGCCGAGGUCUGGCCAUCUUUUUUGCGACUUGUCUGCACCCAGGCACCCUGAUCCUGAUGAGUCUAGUGAGCACUACAGUUUCUUCUCUCUUGCUGCUUCUUUUUAACAAAAAUAGCCUUAUGCUCUGGGCUUGCACUGCCCUGUAUGGUGUCUCCAUGUCUACCAUAUUUCCCAGUGGGAUUUCAUGGUUGGAGCAGUACACAACAGUAACAGGGCGGUCAGCUGCAGUGUUUGUAGUGGGUGCAGCCCUCGGUGAGAUGGUCCUGCCAGCUCUGCUGGCUUUUUUACUGGGGAAGUUGAAAAAUGAACCAUUGCUGAUGUACCUGGCACUCGGGACAUCCACCUUCACCUCUAUCCUGUUCCCUGUUACGUACAAACUAGUGUCACCAGGAAGUGCGUCUGCACUUCGGAAAGUGCCGGGCAGAAGCACAAAGGAUGCCGAUGACAGUGAGUACCGACAAGCCCUGCUGGACAAUGUGGAGGAAGAGGAGGACCAGGAGAAUGAUGGUGAAGCUGACCAAUGGAACGAUGCAGAUUUUGAGGUGAUAGAGAUGGAUGAUGCUAGCCUGGUAAGCUCUCCUUCUAAAGCCUCAAUGCCUCCUGAUGUUGCAGCCAGUGCUGUUGUUGCCCAGUCAAUGGUCACUCCCUCAGUCCCACUGCCAGCACCCUCAACAGACCCCUCAGCCUUUGCCCCUUUGCCGAUCACACUGGCCUUUCCUACAGACUCUCCCAGACGAAAACUGUUCAUGUCCCUCAACAGGGAGAAGGAGGACUGAUAUAUUGUACUACAUCAAGAAGAUCUCAAGACUAUAUUCCUGAGCCAGUAACUGCAAGGUGGUUUGUUGAAUAGUCCUUUCCACAGCAACCUGAAGCAUUCAUGCAAGAGGCCAUUUAGCACUUAUUAAACAUGUCAGUUGCAUGCUCAGAUAUUUUUACAUAUACUUGCUUUCUUAUUGCAGACUUACUCAGCACCACUGUUCUUGUUUGAGUGGAGGUUCCUGGAUUAUCAAAAAAUUGAAUUUAGACAUUUCAAAAAAAUAAAAAAAUAGGACAGAAUAUUAGGAUUGUAGGUUUUCAAAAUCUCUCACGUUGCAUAUUAAAUAUUUUUAUUAAUUUUUGCCACUAUUCUGUAUAUUGUUAAUUACCAAAAAUGUACAUAAUGACUUUUAAUCUUUCUGAAAUUUUGUGAUUUUUCUGUUAUGCCCUCACUAAUGAUAAUUUCGG